AUGAGGAGGGUGGAGAUGGAGAGGCAGAGAGCGGGGGGUUAUGAUGAGGAAACUGGACACCCAUACCCAUACCCUCCAGAGUAUUUCUUUUUAAAGGGACAACCAGGUGAGACUGGGAAACAAGGACAUAAGGGUGAAAUUGGUGAGAAAGGACAAAAGGGAGAGCCGGGCAUCGGCCACAGAGGGCCAGAAGGCCAGGCUGGUCCUCCGGGACAGAAGGGUGAACCAGGUGAGCCAGGGCCUCCAGGUGCUCAGGGCAUUCAGGGUAUCCCUGGUAAUGCAGGCAUCCAGGGCACCCCAGGACUUAGGGGUCCCCCAGGUGACCCAGGGGAACCUGGCAGAGAGGGUGACCAGGGUAAAAGGGGCAAGAAUGGAUCACCUGGAGCUUCUGGGCCCCAGGGAGCACCAGGAUCUCAAGGUCCUCCUGGUGUGCCUGGAGUAAAAGGAGAAAAGGGUGACAGCAUUCCAGGUGAGCCUGGUGCCAAGGGUUUGGCUGGCUUCCCAGGCAGAAGGGUGAGCUCAGCUUGUAUUGUACAUGUCAGAUACCUUCCAUUACUUGACCAGUGA